CGCUUCUCGCUUCUGCGACAGGCAGCGCGUAAAACUUGAAACCCUAAACCCAGCCGCGGCUCUCAGUGUACGUACAGCAGUCCAACUGUGCACAAACACAAACGUGUACAUGUAUAGAUUGACAUGCAUCUGUAGAGCUCGAUACGCGUGUAGUUGUCUGUUUCCGCUUUCAAGAGUUUUCUCAGAUCUCUUUCUUGUGGCGAGGGAGCGUCGUUUCGGGUGAAGGCGCCGUGAUGAGUUAUCCGGGAGAAAGUGUGGUGCCUUCCGGGGUUCCCUGUUUCGCUUUUCCUCACGAGUGCCGUAAGAAGAGGCGCCUUGUGUUCGUUCUGCAUGCGUAAAACGUUCUUGGGUCUUUCCGCGCGGCGUCUUCAUCUCCCGUCCUGUUCCCUGUCGAAUCUCUCGUCUUCCUCUUCGGCUCUUGUCUCUCCUUUCUCCUCUAAAUUUUCAACAUCUUCUCCCCUUCCGUCUGCUCUGUUGUCACUUCCUCUGACUCCCCUGCCGCUCUUCUUCUAACUUCCUGGGCACUCUUCUUCUGCCUUUUCUGUUUUCUGUCUUUUCUUCUGCUUCGUCUCCUCUGGUCUCACCUCUUCCGUUGCUCGUCGAAGAAUCUCAAUCGUCUUCAACCGCACCACCUGUCUCUUCGUCUCUUCCUUCGUCUCUCUCCUCGCCUGUGUCACAACGGGGAAAGAAGGGUGUUGCCCUUCUUCUCCCACAGACAGAGACAGGCGAAGGCUUCAGCGACGGGGAGACAUGGAGACGGAGAGGUAGGCUGCCAGCGAAGGUGAGGCAGAGAGAGACUGGAAGGGAGGAAGGAAAGAAUCGAGACAGACGAGGAAAAGGAGCCAGAAAGAAGAAGAGACUGAGAACGUCUCCAGACGAUGGACGCCUCAGAAGACAGAAAGCAGAACUCGGAGGAAGCUGGCGAAGAGCGGGAGCCUGCCUUGGGAAGACCGACGACGAAGGCGUGUCAUGAGCACUGUGGAUCCGCAAGACAAACCGGAGAAAAGCUGCUUUUCGCAGAAGAAAGAUCGAUGCUGCCUGGAACAGCUUGUGGGAGGGCGACGCCCGAAUCUGCGUGUACACCUCGCAGGAGGCCUCGCUCACCAGGAGAGGAGGACGGGAUGGCGCGCGCAGCUGCGCAGACUGCGCCUUUUUCCUCAACUGCCUGCGGCCAGGUCUGGCGUCCUCGCGCUGAGCGAGAGUCUCAAGUGUCUUCUCUCUGUCCCCAUCAAGCGACUGAGAGAGAGAGUCACGAAGACCGGACAGGCGAGACGCUGCAGAAACUCACACUCUCCAACGAAGCUAACCGCAGACGAUGCUCCAGUCAAGAAAACACUGUUGAUUCAUCUUCCUCCUCUUUCCCUUCCUCUUCGUCUUCGCUCUCCUCGUCCUCCUCUUUUUCUUCUUCCUCUGCUUCGAUUUCUGCUUCCUUUUCUGCCUCCUGUGCUUCGUUCUCUCCUUUGUCUGAUCCAGAGUGUCGACGGAAGCGUCGGCGCGUGCAAAACACGAUUGACGCUUUGCCGGACGACCUUCUUUGCGAAAUGCUUUUGUUUCUACCGUUCGAUGAAGUGGGUGCCUCCAUUCCUCUCGUCUCGCGUCGCUUCUGUCGUCUAGCGCUUCUGCCCUACAUCUGGACGUUCUUCUACGCGAGUGCGUUCUCCCCUGCAGUCUCUUCUCCGGCUUCCUCUGCGAAAUCUUCGAAAGCAGCGCGCUCUUCUCCAGCCUCUCUCCACUCAAGGGUGUCUUCUGUCAGUUCUCCUGUCCCACAGUCCUCUGGAGAACGACUCUCUCUUGACUCGUCUUCCUCCCCUGAUUUUGUUCGUCUCUCGUCUUCUCUACAUCCUUCGUUUUCUUCUCGGGCGGGAGGGCGGCAGAGUCGUCGCGAACUCGCUGAGGCGCGGGAGCGAGAAGAGGCAGAAGCGGCGGCGGCGAGAGCUGCAGCUGAAGAGAUCUGUUUCGUGGAGAUGGAGGCAGCCAUGCGUCUAGGCCGCGACCGCGCGGCUCUCUUGAGUCUACAGCGGCAGACGCGCGUGGAGCCUGUACGGAACGCGGAGUCUUUGCCGCGAGAAGAUCGCACUGACAAGGAGGAAUCGCUGUUCUCUCUCCCCGUUCCGCCGCCGCCGCGAGCCGUCGCCGCGCUCCUCACCCACUGCCACGUCCAGCGCCUUCAACGCCUCCACGCCCUCCGAGAUCAGCAAGCGUUCCUGAAGAAGCAAAAGGACGAGGGGCGACUGUGGGGGGCGGUGCACGCUGUUCAAGGAGAGAGGUCCCAGCCGCAUCUGCAGUCGGUGCCUUGGUGGUCACCGAGUUAUCGUCAGAUGGGCGGCAGCGCGUUUGCACAGAGCGGGGGGCGACGCAGCGUCGGCGAGGGAGCAGAGGCGAGGAGUCUUGUGAAGGCUGUGGGCGGCGAGGCGCUGCGAGACCACCGGCGGAACGCGUCGGCUUCUGGGUUCUCCCUGAGCGACUACCUGUUCUUCACAGACGACGGAGAGCCGAGCGAGUUGAAGGAAGUCGACGCGCGGAAGUCACCGCGCGUGGAGAGCAGCCUGUCGCCUGCAUCGGGAGAGGCGGCGGCCUCAAGCGGCGACCCCCGAGAGCGAGGCGCCGAGGGUCGCUGCGGAGACGAAUACCCCUGCGUUUCAUCUCCCAGGCUUCCCCGAGACAGAACGGAUCCGCAGAGAAGUCGCGCUGCGAACGGAGACGCCGGGGCUGCAGCUGGGGACGCCCGCGCGCGAGAGCGAACCGACUCAGGUUGUGGAGACAAAACAGUGAAAGCGGAGACGCCAGAGACAAGGGGAGAGAAAAAGGAGGAAGAGACUAGGCGGCCAGGCGAGAACGAGGGCGCAGGCGAACCUUGCGGGGACGCCGAGAUGGACGAAGACCAAUUCGUGGAGCUGCUGUUCGGACGCGAAACUUCGUCCUGCUCCACGUCUGCGUCGCCGCGCCACGGACAGGAAGGCACCGUCGAUCACGCGGCUCUGUCCGAGUCACCGCCUGCCCGCAUGCAGUCGGCAAACCGCAGCAGUUCGCCCGCAGCCGCCUGCGGCGAGUCGACCACGACGUCUGCAGACGCGAGUCUCCUGGCGCACCCGGCGCAGUUGGCGGCGCGGCGUUUUGCGGCGACGCCGCCGGCGUCUCUGAGCGAGGCGCUGCGCCUGUGGAAAGCCUCUUGGAGCGACUCCGCCGCCUUUUCUGCACACACAGCCGACGGUGAAGCCGCUGAGAAGAGCGCGAGAGCAAGCACGGCGGCGGGCGAGGCCGUGCGCUCAGAUAAAGGAUCAACUCAUGCAGACGAACCGGCGGUGUCAGUGACAUCAGAGACGUUCGAGAAGUCGAGGGCGAGUGCGAGUCACGUCUGUCACGGACGCACUUGCGACAUUUGGAGCAUUCCGCAGUUCGAGCUGUACCUGUGUCGGGACUCGGGGGCGUUCCACUGUUGCGGACUUCGCUGCGACCGCAUGGUUCCGUCCGACUCCGACGUCGGCUUCCUCGUUUGUCCGGUCUCCGGUUUGAUGGUCGACCCAGCGCUGAUCAACGCGUGGACGGCGCGCGAGCUGCAGAGUGCGCCCGCGGCGCUGCUCGACUUUGGCGCAUGCGGCCGAUCAAGGGAAAGCGAUGCACUCAGACUCCGGUCCGCGGAGCUUAUGAACGAACUGGUGGUCGCGACCUACGUGACGGAGCAGCAAGCAGGCGCAGAUGACGAUGACGAAAUGGCGGGGAUCGGCGGCAUGUUUGGACGGUUCUGGACUGCGGGGUACAUGGCGGAACACGAAGGCGAAAUCCUGAGACCCAAAAAACGGUGUAAGUACACCUAACGCGGAAUCCACGUCAGAGGCUGUCUGCGUGGGUGCCGAUGAAAAAAGCGGGGAUGAGGCGCGGAGGACACUGUAAAAUUGCGGGCAAAUCCGUGUCUGGAUGGGGUAGGAGGAGCAGCGAUACUGAAAGUCUUGCAUGCCGUGGCGGAAGUGCCGCCUGGGAAGGUUUUGCCACUGAUUCGUGACUCCCCCUCGGUUUUGUCAGUCGGAAAAGGCGCGUGAAACGGCCAGACAACACAGUUAACAAAUGCGAC